GGUUCGUUCGAAACCCAGGUAGCCUGGGUUUCCCAAGCAUCUUGGGUUCAAUCGAACCCAAGCUCUGGGUUCGUUCGAAACCCAGGCAGCCUGGGUUUCCCAAGCGUCUUGGGUUCGAUCGAAACCAAGGCAAGGCUCUGGGUUCGAUCGAAACCCAGGCAAGGCUCUGGGUUCGUUCGAAACCCAGAGCCUGGGUUCGGCUCUGGGUUUCGAACGAACCCAGGAGAAAAAAUAAAAAAAAAAAAUUCUCUUUUUUUUUUUUUUUCUGUGGAUUUGGUUAGUUGGUUGGUUGAUGAUGAUGAAGAAGGCAAGGCUUGCUGAGGAACUAGAGAGCACUGUUGUUCUAGGUUCAAAUGGGUUUAGGGAAGAAAGGGGGAGAAGGGUUCAGGUUUUGCAAGAGGUGGGACCUACUUUUUUUACUUGUUUGGUUUUGGGGCAGAAUGAGUCAUAUUGCCGUGUCAUUUUUUUCCAGGUAACUUACUCCACUGCCAAGGAAACUUGGAAUGCUUUGCAAAAAAAAUAUGACAUUGAGGAGGCUAGUGCGAAGAUGUAUGCUGGUAGCUGGUGGUUGCACUUCCAAAUGGUGGAUGACAAGUCGGUGGUGUCACAAAUUCAAGAGUUACAAAUGCUUGUUCAUGAGUUCCAAUCUGAAGGCAUACAAAUUGACGACAACCUUGAAGUUGUAGCCAUUAUUGACAAACUGCCGCCUUCAUGGAAGGAGUUCCAAAAGAUGAUGCAUCACAAGCAAAAGGAGAUCACCAUGGAAAAUCUUUUAACUCGUAUUCAAGUUGAAGAGGAGGCAAGGAAUCAAGAUGCUCGAACUACAAGUGGAGGUAAUAUAUCAAAGGGAUGGUGGAUUGAUUCUAGUGCUGUAAGGCAUGUCUGUAAAGGCAAAUCUUGGUUCAAAACAUAUUUUGAAUAUGAUGUUGAAAAAGAAGUGAGACUUGGUGAUGGUCAUACAAUCAAGGUUCUUGGCCAAGGAGAAGUGGAAUUGAAUUUUACAUCUGGAAAAACAUUGACUCUCAAAUAUGUGCUUUACACUCCUCAAAUGAGGAAAACUUUAGUUUUUGGAUUUCUUCUUAGUAAGGCUGGCUUUAAUUAGGUUUAUGAAUCUGGGCAUUAUGUUUUGACUAAAAAUGACAUAUUUGUUGGAAAAGGCUAUUCAUGUGAUGACAUGUACAAGUUGAAUAUUGAUAUGAAUAAAGUUCAUUCAAGUUC